GCCAAUUUAUGUAUAUGUUCAUCGUCAUGAAGUACGCAGCAUGGGUACCAACUUAUCCCUCCUCUUACUGGACAUCGCACGCUGCUGCAUAGAAUACUGUGAUACUUGAUCUGGACAAGCAGAAGUCCCCAUGAGAGUCGCAAAAAUCUCGAACAUCACAGGCAUACCCUCGACGUCAGCUGGAAAUCACGACACGGCCCCGUCCGCCUACAUAAGCGAAACACCUACGCCACCAUCGAUGUCCUAUAAAACUCUUCACUCAAGAUGCAGGGCUUCAACAUGGGACGUUACGUCCCACCGGACGUCGAAGGCACCAUCACCGGAAACAAGCUGCAUGGCAAGCACCCCCAGGGAUCCCGCGCCCGUCACGGCGGCGGCGCCCUCACGGUCCGCUUCGAGAUGCCCUUCCCCGUCUGGUGCGAGGGCUGCCCCCAGGAGACCCUCAUAGGCCAGGGCGUACGCUUCAACGCCAUCAAGCGCCGUGUCGGCAACUACCACAGCACGCCAAUCUUCUCCUUUGCGAUCAAGCAUCCCGCAUGCGGCGGCGACAUUGAGAUCCGCACGGAUCCCCAAAAUACAGAUUACGUCGUCGUCAGCGGCGGCAGGCGGAGGGAGCCUGGUAUGAGGAGUCAGGAGGGCGAGAGUCUGGUGUCGGCAGCGGAUCUGGCGAGGGCGAGCCUGGCGUCCAUCGACGAGGCCAGGGGCGAGGUCAAGGACGAGAAGGCCAGGGAGGCCGCAUUUGCAAAGUUGGAAAAGACCAUUGCAGACAGGGCGGCUCUCGCCCGCUCGACGAGCCGCGUCGAGGAGCUGGUUGACGUGUCGGCUCGGGCGUGGGACGACCCGUAUUCGCGCAACUCGGAAUUGCGAAAUGCAUUUCGUGCAGGGCGCAAGGAACGGGAAGCCAUCGCCGUCAGCGACGAGGCCCUGAAGGAUAAGAUGAGCCUGGGGGACCAGGUUGUUCUUGGUCCGGAGACCGACUAUGACAGGCGACUCGCCGCUCUGAUGGAUUAUGGCAGUACCGACGGAGCCCGGGACGGAGCCCGGGACGCCGCUGAGAUGGCCAUGAGCAAGCCACUUUUCGGGGAGUCAGGACGUUCUGCAAGCCCAGCACAGUACUCAAAACCCAAAGAGAAAGGCAAGAUUGCCGAUACGGGUGAAACGCCACGGCGGGAGAAGCCUCGGAUGCUCAAGGCGGAGAUUUCCAAAGAAAAGACACGAGAGGGUCUUAUUGGCGCGAUUGCCAUGAACCAAAGGACAGCCACGGAUCCAUUCCUAGAAGGUCUUUGGAGCGAAAAAUCCAAAAGACAACGUAUCAUACCUGGACUGAAGCGAAAGCGGGAUCCUCUCGCAGAUUCCAGCAGCGACGAAGCUACCAGAACUUCAGCGCAUCCCCCAAAGCCACCACAACAAGUGUUGGCCAGGACGGCAUCGCCCGCCUUGGUGAGCUACGACUCGGACCAGGAGGAAUAGCUCACGUUUUGCUGGUCAUGUUUUACAUUCGAUUUGCUACUUGUGAUACCCAGAUAAACUUGUUUCAUUAGGCGUCAUUUCCGACCUGAAAGUCGUUUAGAAACCGUUGCCGGUUGUUACUCUACCGUAACCAAACCCAAGGAGAGUUGAGAAUUCUCAUUCCGUUUUCACUUUGAAACUAUGUGCUUGCUCGUGUCUGGCUGGGCAACUAACUACAAACGCCACACAAACACUACUUUUGAGUGAUGCCCCAGCCCAUCGUGUAGGACUUUUCUACCAGUUGCAUAGCCAACGGCGCCAGAUCGGCACCUCUUUCUCCGCGG